ACAAUGCCUCCCAUUCAGCCCUGUCACUGCCGCCAGGCCUGCAGGCCAACGAGGGGGGUUCCUGCCAACAUCCAGCCAGGAACAGGACUAUUGCUGGCCUUCCUCUUGUGCUGAGCCUCCGGUCUGGGCUGGCAGCUUGAGGCGGCAUGGAGGGGCCCCAGAGCUCCACCCAUGUCCCCUUGUUGCUGCCGCUGCUUCUGCUGCUGCCACUGGGUCCAGCAUGGCAAACAGCUGCCCAAGGCUGCCCACAGACCUGCAUCUGUGACAAUUCCAGGCUGCAUGUUGCCUGCCGGCACCAGAACCUUACUGAAGUUCCAAAUACCAUUCCUGAGCUGACCCAGAGGCUGGACCUCCAGGGCAACAUGCUGAAGGUGAUCCCUCCAGCUGCCUUCCAAGCCCUGCCUUACCUCACCCAUCUGGACCUGCGGCACUGUCAGGUGGAGCUGGUGGCCGAGGGCGCCUUCCGAGGCCUGGGCCGCCUGCUCCUCCUCAACCUGGGCUCCAACCGCCUGAGCUCGCUGCCCCAGGAGGCGCUGGACGGGCUGGGCUCGCUGAGGCGGCUGGAGCUGGAACGGAACAUGCUGGAGGAGCUGCGGCCUGGGACCUUCGGGGCCCUGGGCGCACUGGCGACGCUGAACCUGGCCCACAACGCCCUGGUCUACCUGCCCGCCAUGGCCUUCCAGGGGCUGCUGCGUGCCCGCUGGCUGCAGCUGUCUCACAACGCGCUCAGCGUGCUGGCCCCCGAGGCCCUGGCCGGCCUGCCCGCCCUGCGCCGGCUCAGCCUGAACCACAAUGAGCUCCAGGCCCUGCCCGGGGCCGCCUUGUCCCAGGCCCACGGCCUGGCCAGGCUGGAGCUGGGCCACAACCCGCUCACCUACACGGGCGAGGAGGACGGGCUGGCGCUGCCCGGCCUGCGGGAGCUGACGCUGGACCACGGCGCGCUGCAGGCCCUGGGCCCCCGGGCCUUCGCCCACUGCCCGCGCCUGCACACCCUGGACCUCCGAGGGAACCAGCUGGACACGCUGCCCGCGCUGCAGGGCCCGGGCCAGCUGCGCAGACUGCGGCUGCAGGGCAACCCGCUGUGGUGCGGCUGCCAGGCACGGCCCCUGCUCGAGUGGCUGGCACGGGCGCGCGUGCGCUCGGACGGCGCGUGCAGAGGGCCGCGGCGGCUGCGAGGCGAGGCCCUGGACGCCCUGCGGCCCUCAGACCUGCGCUGCCCGGGAGAUGCGGCCGAGGAAGAGGAAGAGGAGAGGGCGGGCUCUGCGCCCCGAGCCCCUACGCGCGCCCCGCAGGAGGAGGACGGGGCGGCUACGCCCUGCCCGCGCGCCUGCGUGUGCGCCGCCGAGUCCCGCCACAGCAGCUGUGAGGGCCGCGGCCUGCAGGCAGUGCCCCGUGGCUUUCCCAACGGCACUCAGCUCCUGGACCUGAGGCGGAACCACUUCCCGUCGGUGCCUCGAGCGGCCUUCCCUGGCCUGGGCCACCUGGUGUCGCUGCACCUGCAGCACUGCGGCAUCGCAGAGCUGGAAGCCGGCGCCUUGGCGGGGCUGGGCCGCCUGCUGUACCUCUACCUCUCUGACAACCAGCUCUCUGGGCUCAGCGCAGCCGCCCUGGAAGGGGCCCCCCACCUUGGCUACCUGUACCUGGAACGCAACCGCUUCCUGCAGGUGCCCGGGGCCGCCCUGCGCGCCCUGCCCAGCCUCUUCUCCCUGCACCUGCAGGACAACGCUGUGGAACACCUGGCACCUGGGGAUCUGGCUGGGGUGCGGGCCCUGCGCUGGCUCUAUCUGAGUGGAAACCGCAUCACCCAAGUGUCCCCUGGGGCGCUGGGCACAGCUCGGGAGCUGGAGAAGCUUUACCUUGACAGGAACCAGCUGCGGGAGGUGCCCACUGGGGCCUUGGAGGGGCUGCCUGCCCUCCUGGAGCUGCAGCUCUCUGGGAAUCCACUCAGGGCCCUGCAAGAUGGGAACUUCCGGCCUGUGGGCAGGUCACUGCAGCACCUCUUCCUGAACAGCAGUGACCUGGAGCAGAUUUCUCCUGAAGCCUUCUCAGGCCUGGAGCUGGGGCUCCAGAGCCUGCACCUGCAGAAGAACCAGCUUCGGGCUCUGCCCGCCCUGCCCAAUCUCAGGCAGCUGGAGCUCAUCGACCUCAGUGGCAAUCCCUUUCACUGUGACUGCCAGCUUCUUCCGAUGCACAGGUGGCUAGCUGGGCUGAACCUGCGGGUGGGGGCCACCUGUACCACCCCUCCCAGUGCCCGGGGCCAGCGGGUGAAGGCGGCAGCUGCUGUCUUCAGAGCCUGCCCAGGCUGGGCUGCCAGGAAGGCCAGGUGGACACCGACCUUCAUGCCUGGGGGCAGGAGGACCCCCAUCAAGAGGAGACAGCAAGAAGCAGACAAGGCACUGUGCUAUUCAACAGCAUUGGUGCUUCUCCCAGAGUCAGCCCCAGCAGAAGCAUGGGAGGCGCUGAGCUGUGCUCCGGAAUGCAAGAUCUGAGGAGUCCAACUCCAGGGCAGGGCCUCAGCUGAAUGGGUCUGAUGGCUUCAGCAGGAAUCAGGACUUCAGACCUUCUGAUCCAUUCUGACAUGGAAAUAUUCCUAGGGCUUGCUGGGCAAGGUAGUGCACCCCUGUAAUCCCAGUGGCUCAGGAGGCUGAAGCAAGACGAUAAUAAGUUCAAGGCCAGCCUCAGCAAUUUAGCAAGACCCAGUAUCAAAAAUUAAAAAAGGGCUGGGGAUGUGGCUCAGUAGUGAAGCACCACCUGGGUUAAACCCCCAGUACCAAUUCCUAGUGCCAGCACUGGAGUUCUGGGUUAUUUUAACAAAUAGCAGUUUCUCCCCAGGAUACAAAGGAAUUGAAAGCUAAGGGCUCAACCCUGGCAGUGUUGAAGCUGGAGGUGAGGUGCCCCCUGCUGAGGGCAGGAGGCUGCCCGUCUUUCUUCCUUGAGGCCCCAACAUUUUGGUGUGUGGCACACAAAAGUGCUUUGACACGUUGAUGGACGAGUGCCAGAGUACUGGGGGCAACUGGUGGGCCACACUGGGCUGUCCCCGCUGCUGCCACUUAGCAUUGUAGUUUUAAGCAACCAAUUCACAAAACCUCACCUCAGAGUGACGUCACAGGGUGACAGUGAAGGCGAGUAGGCUGAUUCUGCCCUUGGUCUUAUGCCUGGCAUAGGAGGCUCUAAUAAGACAUGGUUAUUCCCUUGCUGCCCUGACUUUGAACAGGGUGGUCUUUACAGGCUGAUCCUGGAAAGGCUGAGAGGUGCAGGGCAGUCCCCUACAGUGCUUGGUCUGAUCUCUAGCGGUGGCCACAGGGGGCCGCAGGCAGGGGCAGGAGGGAGUGAGGACGGUUUGGGGAUGCUUCCCAGUCAGCAAUCCAUUGUUGAGACUCCGCGACCUUCAGUUCCACCCAAGGGCAAGUUGAGGCACAUGGUUCAUUCUGAGUAAAAAUUUCCAGGUCAACACUUCCACCUGUGACAAGUCAGACAGACUGGAACGCGGGUCAUGUGCACACCCUUCUACUUCAUCAACACUCCUGGAGCCCAACUUUGUACCAGGCCUGAGCGAGGCACUAGGGACAGAUAAGAUCCGGGCUUCCUUUGGGGAACUUGUGGCCUUUGGGGAGGGGACACAUCAGUAUGUGGUUGUUAUGGAGAUGGGACACUCAGCAGUGAUGAUAGAUGACACUUACUCCCUGGCGGACAAGUGUGAGCCAGUCCAGGCCAAGUGACAGCCCAGCAUGUCCUGCGGCUCUGCCCUCAUCAUGGAACUUCUAGGGCACAGCUUCUUCAUUUAGGAACUAAAGGUCAAAUGGCAUAUAAGCCUCUUGUCAGAAGCCCUUGGGUCAGAAUAAUGCCUAACUGCUAAGGAACCUGAUGAGAUGAAUUCCCUUCAGCUGGACUCCUGAGCAGACAGCAGAGCCAAAGUGCACCCUGGGACACUCUUCCUCCCAAUAUCCUCCCGAGGGGCUGCUGUCACUGGCAUGUCACCACUGAGUCCUGGAGCUGGUGUGUGCUGAGGGCAGGAAUGGCCGUUCUGAGCAGAGACCUGCCUGGUCUCUAGGCAGCCCAGUGGUCUUCCAUUCUUAACCUAUUUACUUCUUAAGGAAAUCAGGCUAGGCCAACGGGCCACUUUCUAGGCAUGUGUUCUGAACAGGGCUUUAUCGAGGGGAAAAGAACCAAGUUCUCUCUGCAUC